CUUGCAUACCAAAUGCGAAUAGGGCGAAGCGAUUGAUUGUCGUGCCAGUUGAGAAUUAUUGUGGCAAUUUUAAAUCAAUUUUAUGUAGAAUCGAUUGGGCUUUAGUCAAUGCAGUCUAUGUUGCGUGUCAGACGGAUGCAUCUUUCGUGCACAAGAUGAGACAAAAAAGUUAUCUGUUUCUACUUGGAGUUUUGUUGGUCUUCAGUCCUUAUGUCGCUAUGGUUGUUUUACAAAGCAGUAUCAAUGUUCAAGGAGGAUUAGGUUUGUAUUCUCUGGGGUUAGCGUAUGGAACAUCCGUGUUGUUUACUUUGCUGGUCAAUCCAGUCAUUAUUCGGAGAUUUGGAAGUAAACGCGCAUUAUUGGCCGGUGAAGUCACAUAUAUUAUAUACUUUCUGGCAAACUUCUUUCCUGAAUCUUAUACGUUGUUACCAGCUGGGAUAAUUGUUGGUGCUGGAGAAGCACUUACGUGGACUGUAUUUGUAAUGUAUUCUCUACAAUUUGGACAACAAAUAGCAAAGUUGUUAUCAAAACAAGAACAUCAAUACGCCGAAAAAUACAGUGGAAGAUUCGUUGCAACUUUUCAGUUAAGUCAAAUUUUGGGGAAUUUAAUAAGUUAUGCAAUUCUAUAUGGAGGAAAAAAUCAUUCUGGCAACUAUCUUCCGAAUAAUACAACGACAAACUCAUCGGUGAAGAUGGUUACUUCAGAUUUCAGAUACUGUGGCGCAAAUGAUUGUCAGAAUGCUAAUUUAACAAGAGAGGCACUUGAUCAAUAUAAACCACAAGACCCUCAUACCAUGUACAUUUUAAUAUCUGUCAUGAUAUUUGUGUCAAUAUGUGGAAUUGUAACACAUUCCUUGAUUUUACCGUCGGGAGAAUUAUCAAACCUCACGAUCACGAAAGUGAAUCCUGAAGGCAAAGAAGAAAAUAUCUUUAUUGCUGAGAAAGAUCAUUUAAAGGAUAAGAAUCGUGUGGAGUCUCCCAAUGCAGAACAAUUAGCAAAAAAUGGAUGCCAACUAGUUUUGAACACCUUUAAAACAACCUUCAAUCACGUCUGUAGCAAGUAUCAACUUCUGAUUACUCCGCUCACGAUUUGUUACGGCUUCCACGUUAGUUUUAUAAUGGGUGAACUCACUCGAGCUUACACUUCUUGUAUACUUGGAGUUGAACAGGUUGGAUUCACUGUUGCAAUAUUUGCGGCAGUCGACGGCACAGUCGCUUUAGCGUGCAAAAAAAUUGUUCAACUUUUCGGAAGAAACCGAAUUAUAUUGGUAGCACUGGUGCAGGAUCUUGCUGUAUAUACUUUUUGUGUGUUCUGGAAUCCUCAAAUAAAUACAACAUGGGUCGUUUAUUUGAUAUUUCUCAUGUUCGGAGCCACCGACGGAAUAUGGAAGACAAUGCUAAUAGUAAUUUAUCAAGAUUAUUUUCCUAAAUGCCAAGAAAUUGCUUUUUCUGCUUGGAACAUGUGGAUCACAAUUGGUAUUACUCUACAAUUUCUAUUCAGCACUAUGAUAUGUGUUUAUACCAAGAUAUACAUCAAAAUGUCUCUUUUCCUACUGGGAGUACUUCUGUACGGGGUUGCGGAAUACAUAAGAAAAAAAGAGCGCGUCGCCGGAAAAAUAAACAAAGCAACUGGACCGGUUGCCAGCGAAAUGAGAGAAAUAUCGCCGUUAAAUGAAAACCAAUCGUCCAUAUAGUUCUGUGCUGAUUUGUACUUCACUCUGGAUUGUGAUACCAUGGCGAUCGACAUAUUAUAUAAGAUUUCAAUAGGCCUAACAUAUAUAUGAUUUUUUUAUUCGGUAACUCCAUAGUUUAACAUCAUCGCUGAUCCCACAUACUAUAUAUACACAAACUAAUACAAUUCUCAACAUCAGAUGUAGUCUCUUUUUUUCGUACUGUUCAUUAUUGUUUAUCUAAACUUCCAACAACUGUAAAGGAAGGAAACGCAAGAUGGCCAUUAUAUAUAUCCCCAAUGAGCCGGAGUCUCGGACUUGUCAAACUGCAUCAUGUUAUUAUUUGGCUUCCAAAGAAGACACAGGACACCUAAAACCACAGGACAUUGUUGAAUAACGGUCAUAUUUCGAUUUCUAUCACGUCGAUCCGACACCAGAAAAUUGUUUACCAACCAACAUAUUAUUCUAACUUCGUUGUGUUUGAUUUAUAAAACCAAUUCGGGUGAAUAAUGCAUGGUUUUGGUGAACCUUUAUGAUUCACUUACGCCCAUUAUUGGCGUAAAUCCCACUUUUGAAUGAAUCAUCUGAAAACAAGAUUAGUUUAUCCCCAAUUUGCAUUAUGCUUAAAGUUCUUUCAACUGUCAUCAAUUAGAAUCGAUAUUUCACCGUCUUUGGCCCCAGAAUUUUUUUUAUUCUUUUUGAGAAUGUUUUCUGAAAAAUGCAAAAUAAAACUCUAAAUUAAGAUUACACAACAAUGCUCGAAAUUACGUAUGAGUUAAAAACAUACAGCCUAUAUGCCGCUUGUUAGAUUUUUAUGCUUUUUGAGAGUGCUUUCGCGAGUUGUCCUGUGAAAUCUGGUUCACAACUUUAAAAUCGCCGUUUGAAACAUAUGAUUCCUAUCUAAAAUUUGAAAACUUAACUGAGAACUACAAAAUAAAACGCGCCAAUGUUUACAAUAAUGCUUGAAAGUACGUAGCCUAUGAGUGAAAAACAUAUAUAUAUAUAUAUAUGUGCCGCUGGUCAAAUUUCAAAUUUAACGUCUUGUCGUAAAUAAACGAUGGGUGUUUUUGAUUCUUGAACGUACUUCGAAAAGAUUACUUUUGAAAUAUUUUAUGAAGCAGUAAUGUUGCUUGCUUGGGAUGUAUAAUAUACAAUACA